UCAAAAUUAGUGUGCCGUCCUCUACGACCACUAGUAAUCAACAGACAGAAGGUACUGAACAACAGAAUUCAUAUAGCAUUGCAGGAAUUGCUGUGUGCUGGGGACAGCAAGAUGCUUAUUAUAUAUCACUAGAAUCUGAGGAGAGUGAAAUAGAUGCGACUUUAUAUCCAAGAGAAGCCAGAAUUUACUGAGUUGACACCCCCUCCAGUGGCCAAGAAAUUAAGUGUUGAACAGCGAAUUGACGCAGUGAGAUCUUCAAAUUGUGCUUUUCAAAGAAAGAACUGCAUUUCUGGUGCUUUUUGUAUCAAGAAGCAAUUUAGAGUUUUGAGAAAACUUGUUGAAACUUCAAAUGCUUUUUGGCAGGACCCAACAGUAGCUGCCUGGAUGCUGGACCCUUCAGCUAAAGAAAAAACAUUGAUUGGCUUGGUCAACCAGUUUAUACCUGCAGAUUCUCAUCUAUUAAGAGGUUUGAACAAAUGCAGUAACUUCGGUUCUAUAUCAUGUGCCAGUAGGAAUGAUUCUUAUGCUCCGGCGAGGAUUCGUGCCUGCGCUGAGGCUAUUUGCUGUUACCGUGUCAUGAAGAAAUUAAUACAAGAGCUGAAGAGUGUUGAUAUGUUGGAUAUGUACAGUGAUGUGGAGAUGCCGCAUAUUAGAAGCCUAGCUUUGAUGGAAAUCAACGGCAUAGGAUUCAAUAAAGAGAAAUGUUCAUUAGAAAUAACAAAUCUACAUGAAACAGCAAGGCAACUAGAAAGAAAAGCUUACAAACUUGCAAAGAAACAAUUCAAUAUUGGAAGUCCUACAGAAGUGGCAAAGGUACUUUUUGGGGAUCUUGGAUUACCUGUGGAUGGAUCAGAUACUAAAACUACCACUGUGACAAGUUCUACUCGCCCAGGAUUGUGGAGAAAAAGAGGAGGGAAAAUCCCCCAAUCUUGGAGCACAAAAAAAGAAAUUCUAGAAAAAUUAAAGAAGUUUCAUCCUCUGCCUGAAAUUAUUCUUCAUUGGAGACAAAUCAGUUUUACUUUAUCAAAGACAUUGCAUCCUUUGGUUCGAGUUAGUACUUUCUGCAAAGAAACAAAAAUGAAUCGAAUUCAUCCUGAAUGCAUCACACGUUCUAUCACUGGUAGGGUCAGUGUUGUCGAACCAAACAUUCAAAAUGUUCCUAAGUCUUUCACAAUCAUAAUUGCAUCUCAAGAAACUGAGAAACAUCCAGCGAUUCGGGAAGUCUGCAUAAGAAAUUUGUUUAUACCUUCUAAGGGUUACGUCUUUGUGGCAGCUGAUUACUCUCAAUUAGAAAUCCGGAUAUUUGCUCAUCUAUCCGGAGACGAAAAACUUCUCCGGAUUUUGAACACUGAAUCCGGUGAUGUUUUUAAAAUGAUCGCAGCACAAUGGAAGGGUAUAGAGGUCGACUCGGUUAGCGCAGAAGAAAGGCAGAGAGCGAAGCAGAUUUGUUAUGGCAUGUUGUAUGGCAUUGGUGCAAAAGCUCUGUCUCAACAACUAGAUAUCGAUGAGAAAUCGGCAGAACAAUUCAUGGAAUCUUUCCUGAGAUCGUUUCCUGCUGUCAAAUCGUACAUUAGAACAUUGGUGAAAGAGUGUGCUGAAAAGGGUUACGUUAAAACCUUACUUAAUCGUCGUCGCUACCUACCUUCCAUCACUGACACCAACAUGUCCGUGAGAUCUCAGGCAGAGAGACAAGCUGUCAAUACCACGGUUCAAGGGUCAGCUGCUGACGUCAUCAAAAAAGCUACUGUGAGGAUGCAAAGUACUAUGAGAAAGAAAUGGAAUAUAGUGAUCGGGCAGCAAAGCCAUCGAUUGACGUCAUCAAAUAGUCAUAAAUUGCGUGACGUCACUCAUCCGGGAUGUUACCUAGUUCUACAUCUUCAUGACGAACUCAUGUUCGAAGUUCGUAGUGAUAUUUUACCGGAAGUUGCGUCACUAGUGCAGUCAUGCAUGGAGAAAUCUGUGAAACUAAAUGUUAGGCUACCAGUAAAGCUGUCUUGCGGGGAAUCAUGGGGUAGUUUGAAAGAAUACAUCGCGCCCAAAGCAUAAUUUGUACAGCUGUGAUAUUUAAGGCUAUUAAUUUGAAGAUGUAAAAAAGAUUCUACCAACAUUGUAACCGUUAGAUGACAGCAAAGAGACCUGAAAAUACUGACUAAUUUAGAACUGGGAAUGGCUAAUCGGUCAACCGGUUAAUUUUACCUGGCCCUGCCAUAUAUCAAAAAUAACAGCAUGAGGUGUUCACUACUCGACGCCUAUAUUUGGCUUUGUGUUUUGAUAAUGUCCAAAAUAGCCCCUACUUUCUGUAAAGAUAAACAAAUGUUUGUCACUAUCCUCCAAUGUUUGUAUUGCGUUAGCGAACGUGAACGUUUCAUAUAGCUUUUUAAAUUGAUUACGAAAUUGGCUGUCUUUUGGUAACUGAUCGAUUAGAAUAUCUGUUCUGCCAUAGGAAAGCUACUUAUUUAUAUUCUGUGAAUAUUUAUCGUCUAUCGGGAUCCUCUGAUGUAAAGCCCCUUUACCAAUGAUUUAAAAUGAAUUAGAAAAUUAGCACUUGAUUCCUCAACUCAUUUGUGUUAUUUGUCUGUACGUUAAUUAAUAGAAUUUGUUUGAAUCACUGUUUAAUGAAUUAGAACCAUGGGUGUGUAAAUUGUGGCCCGCGGGCCAAAUGCGGAUAAAUUAUGUGGCCCACGGAGAGGUGUCUAUUUUGAGUGGUUUGCGGCCCGCGAAACUAGUUUUUUAAUGCAGUUUAAUCUUAGUUUAAUUAACCCAUUUGCGUAACCCAUUUACGUCGCAUUUAUUACCUAUGACGUUACAAUGCCCUAACAGCUAUCUUCUGUGAUACCACGUAAACGUUAUUUGAUUAUUUGCCUGCGAUACUGUUCAAUGAAUUUAAACCAUACUUGAUCAUGAUUUAAACGCUUAUAAAUAUUGGCAAAAAUUGAGUACCUGAUGUCGUAUUCAGCAAGAACAUCUGCUUUGCUAUCAGGGGUGCACUCAAGGGGGUGAUGGUCGGAAUCCGCCCCUUUCGAGUGUAAAAAACAACAACAUUUUUCUGUAUCUUAAAUAGCAAUUUUUGGUAGUUUGAAAAGCUCAAGACCUCAAGACUUCUGAAAUUCCACGUUUACGGCCUCCGACAGGACCCGCUACCUGGCGGUCUAACUUUCAGACCCCUCUUUGAAAAUUCCUGACAUCCCUGUUCGCUAUGAAUUCCACAUUUUAUGUUCACCCCAAUUCGGACUGAGCCGUGCACUCAAUUUAACUCUUUGACUGAGUUUCAGGCCCGAACUACGUAAUAUGUUCAAAGCUGCCUGUGUAGAUGAUGAUUUAGUUUGGUCUUCUGCUAAUAUGUAACAAUGCAAUACAUGUUUAUUUAUCUCACUGUGCUGUUGCGAUCAUAUACUUUUUGUUUGUUAAGUAUAUUUCACUGCCAUUGUAAAGUUUUUUGCAAUAAAAAACAUCAAAAAUAGUUGUGUUGUCAGUAUUUUCCAUCCUUCAGCAUCCUCAGUAAACUCUAUU